AUGCCUUCCGUGUAUGGACUUCUAGACUUCAUGUCAGCUACAGAGCUGCUCCUGGCCAUCACCAUCUUCUGCCUUGGAUUCUGGGUGGUCAGAGCCACAGGGACCCGGGUUCCUAAAGGCCUGAAGACUCCACCUGGACCCUGGGGAUGGCCCCUUAUUGGGCAUAUAUUGACCCUGGGGAAGAACCCACACCUGUCACUGGUCAAGUUGAGUCAGCAGUAUGGGGAUGUCCUGCAGAUCCGCAUUGGCUCCACACCUGUGGUGGUGCUCAGUGGCCUGGACACCAUCCACCAGGCCCUGGUGAAGAAGGGUGAGGAUUUCAAGGGCCGGCCAGACUUUUACAGUUUUAAUUUCAUUGGUAAUGGCCAGAGCAUGACUUUCAACCCAGAUUCUGGACCAGUAUGGGCUGCCCGGCGGCGCCUGGCCCAGAAUGCCUUGAAGAGUUUCUCCAUAGCCUCGGACCCAGCUUCUGCAUCCUCUUGCUACUUGGAGGAGCAUGUGAGCAAGGAGGCUGAAUACCUAAUCAUCAAGUUCCAGAAGCUGAUGGCAGAGGUUGGCCACUUCGACCCUUAUAGGUAUUUAGUAGUGUCUGUGGCCAAUGUCAUCUGUGCCAUGUGCUUUGGCCAACGUUAUGACCAUGAUAACCAAGAGUUGCUUAGCAUAGUCAAUCUGAGCAAUGAAUUUGGGGCAGUUACUGGCUCUGGAUACCCGGCUGACUUCAUCCCUAUCCUCCGCUACCUACCUAACUCUUCCCUGGAUGUCUUCAAGGACUUGAAUAAGAGGUUCUACAGCUUUACACAGAAGUUAAUCAAAGACCACUACAGAACAUUUGAGAAGGGCCACAUCCGGGACAUCACAGACAGCCUCAUUGAGCACUGUCAGGACAAAAGGUUGGAUGAGAACGCCAACAUCCAGCUGUCGGAUAAUAAGGUCAUCAGUAUCAUUUUUGACCUCUUUGGAGCUGGGUUUGACACAGUCACAACUGCGAUCUCUUGGAGCCUCAUGUACCUGGUGACAAAUCCUAGGGUACAGAGAAAGAUCCAGGAAGAGCUCGACACAGUGAUUGGCAGGAAUCGGAGGCCCCGGUUUUCUGACAGACCUCAGCUGCCCUAUCUGGAAGCCUUCAUCCUGGAGACUUUUCGACAUUCAUCCUUCGUCCCCUUCACCAUCCCCCACAGCACCACAAGAGACACAAGUCUGUGUGGAUUCUAUAUCCCCAAGGGAUGUUGCAUCUUUGUGAGCCAGUGGCACGUUAACCAUGACCAGAAACUGUGGGGUGACCCAAACAAGUUCCGUCCUGAAAGGUUUCUCACCUCCAGUGGCACUCUGGACAAAGCAUUGAGUGAUAAAGUCAUUCUCUUUGGUUUGGGCAAGCGGAGGUGCAUCGGGGAGACCAUUGGCCGACUGGAGGUCUUUCUCUUCCUGGCCAUCUUGCUGCAGCAAAUGGAAUUCAAUGUGUCACCAGGAGAGAAGGUGGACAUGACUCCUAUUUAUGGGCUGACUUUAAAGCAUGCCCGUUGCGAGCAUUUCCAAGUGCAGAUGCGGUCUUCUGGGCCUCAGCAUCUCCAGGAUUAG